AUGGGCCUCACCCGAUCAAUUAUCUUUGCAAUCCCUGAUGUGGCCCUGGAAUGUGUCAUGAUCUAUCUCGACGAUCCUCGAGAUAGAAGCGCUGUGUCUCUGGUUUGUAAAAGAUGGCACUAUAUCGAUUAUUUGACUCGAAACUACUCCAUUAGUCCUUCUCAUCUAAAGAACAGGUUCCCUCGGCUUGAGUCCCUGAAACUUAAAGCAAAGCCUUGAGCUUCGAUGUUCAAUCUGAUACCGGAGGAGUGGGGAGGUUCUGCAGGGCCAUGGAUCAGUGAAAUCUCUGAGACUGUUAACCGCUUAAAGUCUCUCCAUUUUCGUCGCAUGGUUGUGACUGAUAAGGAUCUUGCUAUUCUUGUUCGAGGGCGUGGCCAUAUGCUUAAUGUUUUCAAGCUAGACAAGUGCUCGGGGUUUUCUACCAAUGACCUUUUACAUGUUACCUGGACCGAACAGGCCCUACAUACUUUGUUUUUAGAAGAAAGCUCUUUUGAGGAGGAGUACGGUGAAUCGCUUCAUGAGCUUGCUUUAAAUAAUAUUGUUCUAGAAGUUUUAAAUUUUUAUGCAACAGAGGUGAAAAAAAUAAACAUUGAAGACCUUGAGCUGUUAGCUAGGAAUUGUAGCAAUUUAAUUUCUUUGAAGAUAAGCGACUGUGAAAUCUUGGACCUAGUUGGUGUGUUUCGAAGAGCAAACGCGUUAGAAGAAUUUGGGGGAGGUUAUGUCAGUGAGCCAUUGCCAGGAGAGGUGAAUAAAUAUGAAAACUUGUACUUUCUGCCAAGGUUAGCCCGCCAUGGUCUUAGCUACAUGAGUGAAAACGAGAUGCCUAUGAUUUUCCCUUUUGCUGCUUCACUCAAGAAGCUAGACUUGCAGUACACAUUACUAAACACCGAGGAUCAUGUCCAGCUGAUUCGGCGCUGCCCCAAUCUUGAAGUUCUUGAGGUAGUGAAUGUGAUAAGUGACAGACGACUAGAGGUUGUUGCUCAACAUUGUAAAACAUUAUGCAGGCUUUGAAUUGAGCCUGGGGAUGAUGAGCAGGGCUGGGAGGAUGAACAGGGAAUGGUUUCUCGGAGAGGAGUAUCUGCCCUAGCUGAAGGUUGCGCCGAACUAGAAUAUCUGGCUGUGUAUGUAUCUGAUAUUGCUAAUGCAGUUGAAUCGGUUGCCACUUUUUGGACAAAGCUCUGUGACUUUCGCGUGCUUUUACUUGAAAGAGAAGAAAGAAUAACUGAUUUACCUCUCGACAAUGGGGUUCGAGCUCUAUUAAGAGGCUGCCAGAAACUAAGAAGUUUUGCUUUCUAUGCUGGGAUUUUGGAAUUCUCAAGAGGCUGCCCCGUUCUUCAGAAAUUGGAGCUACGACAUUGUUGUUUCAGUGAAAGUGCAUUGGCUGAGGCAAUUAUAAAUUUAGCAUCUCUUAGAUAUCUAUGGGUGCAGGGCUAUAGAACAUCGCCAACUGGUAGGGCUCUUUUAAGGAUGACUCUUCCAUUUUGGAACAUAGAGAUCAUUCCUCCGACGAUUGAGAAUGGUAUGCCUGAUGAAGUUGGGGAUUUUGAGCUGCCAGCUCAGAUUCUAGCGUAUUAUUCACUGGCUGGAAGAAGAGAUGAUCAUCAUGGAACAGUCAUUCCUUUAUCCCCAUUAUCCUCAUGAUCUCAUAGGUGCAUGCCCGCUUUUUCUCAUUGUUUAACUGCGUUGAACAUUCUUCCAUGGCGAAGUAUAAUAUGCUCUUAAUGGACUUAGGAAAGUGUACUCCAUUGGGGUCAGCACUGCCUAUAAAAUGUGCAGAGAUGGAGAUAGACUGGAACUCUGGGACAAUAUUGUUUAAGAGGGUUUUGCUGUCUCUCCGUGACCAUUCAUCAGUUCGUCCAGUUGUGAUGAACACAUUUGACCAUGGUUUUCUAUAGUUCCAUAAUAACAUAUUAUUCCUUUGAUACGUUUGCCCCAUUGCUUAUGCUUUAUAUGGUACUCCCUUGCUUUCAUUACGUAUCUGUGCUUCUAGGCGUUACAUGCUAAGGUUUCUUUCUGUUCUGCUUCUGUAACCUUUGAUUGACGGACUGCUCAACCAGCCUAUCUUGGUGCAGGGUUUGUUGUUAAAGAUAGUAAAUUUUUUUUUUUUUUUAAUGAAGUUAACAGUAACAUUAACAAAAAGAAAAGUACAAGUGUUUGGGGGUAGCUAACCCUUACACAAAAAUGGGUGCUACCCAGCCCCCCACAGGCGGGGAGUUUCCUUUACAGAUAAAAACCCAAAAAUUACAACCCAAAAUUACCAAAGGCAACAAGAGAGAGAAAACUCGUGACAACCGAGAGUUGGCUAAGCAAAAAAGAAAGGGUUUAUAACUACACCUUUUUAACAAAAAGAGAAUAAAGCAAGAGAAGGGACAAAAAAGCAACGAGCUUAAGAGGGUCCCUGGUUGUCCAAAAGAUCUGCUUCAUCAUUGGCCAAAAGAUCUACGAGAGCAUUGCACGUCCUGAAUGUAUGCAUCCAUGAGAUGCUGAUAUCCCUGCAUAAGCAUUCUAUUUCAUCAAAAAUGGGCAGGAGGUACCAAGGUGGUGUAGACUUUCUGGAAACCCAGGCAAUAAUGUUGUUUGAGUCCCCUUCAACAAUCAGGUUAGAUCCCCAUGACAGGUCAAAGUGCUUGAUCCCAAUCAGAAGUGCCUUGGCUUCGGCUUGUUGGGAGUCUGUUGAGCUCAGUGGUUCAGCAAACCUGAAGAGGAUUUUCCUUUGGUAGUCUCUGAAAACCCCCCCCCCCCCUCCGCCCUAGAUGGCCCAGGGUUGCCCCUUAAGCACCCUUCGAAGUUCAGUUUGAUGACUCCUCUUGGAGGUGGUUGCCAAUUGCUUGGUUUAACUGGUUUCUUGGGCUUAUGAAAAAAGAAUAUUCUCCCAAUGGCUAAGAUAGGAGUUCGAGGGUAUUCUGGCAAACACUUUUGGUUGGUCGCCCAAAAUAUAGUCAUAGUCUUGAUCUUGUGAAAAAGGGCAGUCAGCAGUUGGUGAUGUCCCUGGAAGAUCUUGUGGUUCCUUUCAUUCCAUAUUACCCAUAUGCAAGCAGCACUGGCAGCCUCCCAGAGGAUUUUACCUGCUUUAGGCCAAGGCAUGGCGAAGUCUGCGGACAGUAGAGAGGGCACCAAUGGUGGACUAGCCCAUUGAAAGCCAAAUAGGCAUAGAAGUCUCCGCCCUAGGUGUCUCGCCUGCUCGCAAAGAAGGAAAAAAUGGGCGUUGGUCUCCUCCUCUCUUAGGCACAAAAUGCACCUGUUAGGGAUUGAGAUACCCCUCUAUUGCAAUUGGUCCACAGUUAAUGCUCUCUGUGAGCGAGCUAUCCAGUUAAAGGUCUGAACCCUUGGGGGUGCUAUGGAGGACCAAGCUUUGACAACUAGCGAGGGAAGGUUGAAAGGCCAGGUAGGAGAUUGGAUGAGUCUUUUGUAGAAUGAGGCAAUUGUGAAGCAACCAGAGGGGGAUAGCGUCCACAACAAAGAGUCACUUCCACUUAAAGGACUAUAGGUUUCAUGGAGGGCUGCUAAAAGUUGGUUAAAAGAUAGAAUUUCAGCGUCAGAGAGGUUCCUCCUAAAGGAUGGAGUCCACGCUCUUCGCCCUCCUAUUUGGACCAUUUCUUCCACUACUGUUGAGUGCGGGUGUGAAGCUAAGGAAUAAAGGGAGGGAUAUAAAUCUUUGAGGGAGGAAUAGCCAAACCAAAGAUCAGACCAAAUUUAACUUUGGACUCUUCUCUGGCAUAAACUCUAAUGAAGUUCUUGAAAUGGGCUAGGGAUUGAGCAAUGGAAUUCCAUACUCCUAACACAAUAUCUUCGUCUCAUUUGCACCCAGGAGGAGUCACUGAUUUUGUAUUUGUGACGAAUGACUUGAGCCCAGAGGGCAUCUGGUUGUGGGUAGCUUUUUGGCAUAGCAUUAUAGCUAAAUUAUAACUUUGAUGAUGAUAGAGAUUUCUUAAUGAGUAUAAAUCUCUUUUUGUGAUAGAUCUUUCUUAAGAAAAUGUAAUUCUUAGUUUCAUUUUGUGGGUAGCUUUUUAUCUGGAAAGGUUCAAGUCAAGACGUGGUUGAUUUGUUGUGUACAAUAUUUGAAAUAUCCACCAGAAUUCAAGAAACUAAAAAAUAUUCAAAUCUUGCAUACCAGAGGCAACUGAGCUGAAACUAGAUUCAACUUCUCCUCAGGGUUUAAAGAUACAUCAAAAAGAUGAGGGACCGUCCUUGGUCCUAGAUGUGUGGAGCUCAUAUCCUAAAUUUCGUGUUUCAAAAACUAUGAGCAAAUAAAUGUUUUUCUCUCUAACAUUGAUGUCAAGGGCCAUGGUAUUUGUCAGUAGUGCCAAGUAGGUGAGAAUGGCACAAACAAUGCUGGAAAACUACCCCUCUGCAGUCCCACUUGGGAAGAAAAAAAAUUACCCAAGGAGAAACAUGAGUUAAGUGUUUCCUUGGUUUGAGUUUAAAACUUGUAUGCAAACAAAAACAGCCUUUGUAUUUUUUGGUCCAUUCCAAUUGUCUAAAAUUCCCUUUGAAAGAAAGCACUGAGGUAUUAGGUUUCUGCAGAAUUGAGCUCUCGUAUUGUUUUGUGCUUCUUAGAAAUGAUUGAAAUUCUACAACUUGUUUGCAUCUUCGUCUUCUCACGUGAGCACAUACUAGUCAGCUGCAUGCCCUGUUCCCCCAUACAUGUUUUCUCUGUUUUCAAGUCCUGUCAUUCCCCUCCUUGCCGCUACGACACCAUGUCUAUCUUGGCAGAAGAGAAUAUAUUCACUUUUUGGAUAAUCACUACAAAGUAGAAUUCUAAAGUGCUCAGACCGCUUUGUUCUGAUUAGAUUCACUUUAGAGUAGCUGUAAGUCAAUAAAAUUAAGAAUAAGCAAUGAGUCGAAGAAUAAAAAAAACCUUUGAUAUGCUUGAUCUACCCGUUGGUUGGAUAAUAUAUGUAAGUUGUAAAGUAAACUCAAGAGAAUGAUAGUAAGAAUAUUGGUCUGAUUGAAGGUACCCAUAAGAUUAGACGCAUGUUCCUGAAUAAGAAGUUUGAUCAUGCUGCUUUCCUUAUUGGAUUUGUAGGUUGAAAGAAGUAUCUGGAUUCAAGUAUAUUUGCUGUACUUUUAUAAGUUCUAUACCAAUAUAGCCAAGCCAAAGUUACUCUUACUCUAGGUUUUCCCUUUAUCCACCAAUUUUGAUUUAAAUCCUUCUUUUGGUAGGUAACAAACAUGGACUAAGAAGCAUAUCAUGGAUAAUGGGGUCAGUUAAAACCUUUGGAAUAAUCACUGAUUGCAUUUCAAUAGAAAAUUAGGGUUUUACUUUCACAUGUUUUCAAUUCAACAGUGGACCCGAACUGAACAUCAAAACCAGCUAUUGAUACAGUUCAGCAUUCAUCUCCCACAUCAUUAAGCUUGUAGUAAUCACCUUGGGAUCAGUAUAAUGGGUCCACUCACUGUCCUAUAUUUUCCAGCAAGGCUUUUAUGUAUUUCAAGAUGUUAAAAUCUUGUGUAUAAAAAUAUAUACUUUCCUGGUGUUUGUGGCAACAAGUCCAAUUGUUACCAUCAUGGUUUUCUUAAUUGUGAUGCAUGUACUUGGCGAUAUUAUUCAAGGGGGACAGAGCCUAAGUUCCUUGUAUCAUAUACAUUCCGGGGAUUGUGAGAAUGUAAAAAGCCCAGGGAAUAUGUUUCUUUUGAGUAGCUACUGUGGAUUAUAGGUGAAGCUUUUGUUGCUUGUGUUCUUGUGGAGCUGCAAAAACUCCUAAUAUUUGGGGUUCACAUGGAGCGGUUUGUCUAUGUUGGACUUGAUGUAUUCUUAGUGUUUCCGAGGCAGGGGUAUUUUGGGAAUUCAGGCCACUACGUUCAAAAUGUGGCUGUUUUGGGAUGAUCUGUAUCAGAGUUGUGAAAUGGCAGAUGCACCUAAGUAUUCAAGGGGGAUGAGAGUACCUGGAGUCUCCCAAGGUGGCUCAAUUGAAGAAAAGGAAGUGGAUUCUUCUAAAGUGCUUUCGCUCGGUUGUAGAGAGAGACAGAUUUCUGUAAGAAAUUCUGAACUAAUAUCUGUGUAUUUUCUGUAAUAUUUUCCUGUUUGCUUUUGUUGCUGAACUAUUGAUAUGUGUAGGCAAGGGGGAUCUGGCUUGUUCAUGAUUUCCCCCAGGUUUAAUGUGUCCUUUGUAAAUAAUA